AUGAGAACUCAAUACUUUAGUGAUUUACCUUCAAUGAAUAAAUCACCUACUAUUCAUCCAGACCCAACUUCUCCUCGUUUAAUUUGUCAAUCAAUUCAAGGAAUUAAAAGAAUUGAUUUGGAUGAAGAAAAUGGUUCAUUAUUAUUAUUAAAUGAAAAACUCUCUAUUAUUGCUCGGUGUGAAACUGUUAAUCGUGCAAUUAAUGCAUUAAAACAAUACAUUAAUCCUACUCAACUUCCUAACUCUUUUUCAACAGAAGAAUUUAAUAUAACUAACAAACUAAAUGAAAUUCAUGCAAUAAGUUGUGCUGAAUCUUUUGUUAUUAAAGAUGUAAUAAUGGUUUUACCAAAAUUUAUAAAUGACUUAUGUCAUCAUCCAAUUACUGACCUUGUUAAUUCUUUAGAAGUAUUAAUCAGUCGUGUUUUUUCUAAUUCAUUAAUUGAACAAAAGACUAUCAUUAAAAUGUUAUUUGAUCAUAUAAGAAUGCAUUCAAUUUGUGAUGGAAUUUAUCUUCUUAUUGGUAGAUUAUUGGAUAAAUAUACUAAAGCAUUUUGUACUGUUCUUCAAACAGAAAAGGUAGGAACUAUACUAACUGAAAAGAUGAAAGAAAUAUAUAAAAAUAUUUUUGGUGAUUAUACCUUUGAUGAAAAACCAUUGCCAUCAAUUAAAACUGUUAUUGUUAAGGAUGAUAAUACAACAAUUAACUAUGAUGAUAUAGACAGAGGAUCAUCAAAACAAGUAAGAAGAAAGUCUAUCUUCUUCUCAAGUUCAUUGUUCCAAGAAGAUGAUACUUUCUUAAGAAGACAAAGUAGAAGUUUCCAAAGAGCAAUUACUCCAAGAAAAACAGGAAAAGGAAAAGGUGAUGAACAAUUAGAAUCAAAAAAUGAAAUGAGGGAUGAAGCAAGAAAAUUAGCUCAAGCAUUUUUUAAUGAAAGUCUUCCUUAUAUUCUUAAAGUAGACCAAACAGGAGUUAAGAUAUUUAAUUCAAAAAGUGAAAAUGAAGCAUGUCUUGAUAACUUAACUUACAAAUCUGGAUUUGAACAAUUAAAACAAGUAAUUAAAUUGACUAGAUAUAAUAUAGUUAUAGAAGAAAAUCAUGAGCUAAUCAAACAAAUUUGUUUUUUCCUCAUUCCUUCAGUGUCAUUAGGUUAUAAAGAUUGUUUUAAAGAAAUUACUCAUUCUAUGGAAGAUUAUUUUCAACAUAUUUAUGUAUGUAAUAAAGAAAAUAUUUUUAUGAAAAUAUUAACUGAUUGGGAAUUAAUUAUAGAAGAAUCAAAAUCAUUUAAUGCUUAUUUCUUCCGUAUUUUAUUAAAAAUAUUUAGAGUUUAUAUGAAAAUAGCUAGAUAUCAAACAAUUGGAUUAGGAUUAUCAGAAAGAGUUUUAAUGCCUAUUUCUUUAUGUCUUCAACGUCCACAAACAGAAUGUUAUUUAGACUCUCAAUAUGACCUUUUAAUAGAAGUUGGUCGUUGUUUUAAAAUUUUUAAUAAUAAAUGUUUAAAUGAAACACAUUCAGUUCAUGCAAUUCAACAAAUAUAUUCACCAAAAGAAAUUAGUAAAUUAGCAAUGGCAUGUGCAAAAAGAUAUCUUAUUGAUUAUGAUAAAGAAACUUCAAACUACCAUGAAAAUGUUAACAAAUUACUUGGAAAGAAACGAGAAUAUGCUAUUCUUUAUUUUCAAGUUCUUGUUCGUUUAUUACAA